AUGACAUCGAUACUCCUUUCGACAGCUCGGAAAUUUUCGGUGGAACGGUUGGAACCCCUUUUUAGUUUCACCUCCGUGAUGACACUACCCGUACGUGGCGUUCAACGCCAAGAGGCAAAGCGCUACUGGGCCGAGGACGGCACCUUUGAUCCACCCGUACAGGUUGUCAUUGAUCGGUUCAAGCGUCUGCGUUGGGGCGCCUACAUUCAUCCACGGGCUGGACGCAGAAAGCAUCUUUAUAGUAACAGUCGGGUUGUCCGUGGAGGCGUUGCGAGGUCCGUAGAUCUGAAAGUACCUGUCAUUAGUGAUCUGUAG